GGGGGUAGCUCGACCGACCUUGGAGGUUGAAGGCUGACGAACGACUGACACCCAUUUAUCGACGAACGUACAUCACCAGAACAUUCACUUCCCUCCAACAACGACCCGAAAAACUAACAACAGCAGCCAACAUGGAGGUACUACUGGGUAUCACGGGCAAGGACUUUACCAUCAUCGCAGCUUCCAAAGCUGCCAUGCGUGGCGCGACAGUUCUCAAGGCUGCCGACGACAAGACGAGAGCUCUCAACAAGCAAACACUGAUUGCAUACUCUGGCGAGUCGGGCGAUACUGUCCAAUUCGCCGAUUACAUCCAAGCAAACUCCCAGCUCUACUCCAUGCGCAACGAGACGGACCUCUCCCCCUCUGGUCUCGCCAACUUCGUCCGCGGCGAACUCGCCUCCAGCCUGCGGUCGCGGAAGCCGUACAACGUCAACCUGCUCCUCGGCGGCGUCGACCCCAUCACACAGAAGCCCGCGCUGUAUUGGCUGGACUACCUCGCAUCGCUGGCGCCCUUGCCAUACGCCGCUCACGGCUACGCACAAUACUACUGCUUGUCGAUCCUCGAUAAACACCACCACCCCGACAUUACGCUCGGCCAGGGCAUCAAAAUCCUCAACUUGUGUACAGACGAGCUGAAGAGACGGUUACCGAUUGACUUCAAGGGCAUGACUGUCAAGGCCGUGACCAAGGACGGCAUCGUGGACAUAGAGUUCGACGAUGACAAGGUGGUGAAGGCCGCUUGAGGUGAUGGUUUGUGGGAUACGAUGACAGAGGGGAGGAUGAGCCUUUUGCCGAUGGGUGUGAGGGUGAGGAACCCGUCUUGCCAGCAAAAUGUAUUACUAGACCGGGCUGGUAAAUGAAUGAUACAGGCAUUAGUUCUAUCACGACAAACCCUUUUUUGAUUCCCAGUCAAUAUCCUGCGUGGAUGUUGGACC